AUGUCUCCGCAGCUGGACCUAGCACUGUCCAGGGUUCUGAAGGCGUCCGGGCUGAGCUGCGGCCGCGAGAGCAACCUGGAAGCUCCCCUCCCUUCCCUUUCUAGCAACUAUGCAAAGCCAAAGGUCUCGAUUUAGGCGAGUGCAGGGGACCCUCCACCCCCUCCCUCCCUCCUCCAUGGCGGGAACAAGUUACCUUAUCUGCACCCUUGCUCCCUGAAUCUCCACACGUCCAGCUCCCCGCUGCCGCCACGACGCCCGUUGUUUUCAUCAGUUUACCUUGAUGCACCGGUGGAGAAGGGGACUCGAAUUCCCCUAGAAACGCCGCCAGGGCGCGGAGGAGGUCGUGGAGGACCCGGAGGCGGCGGCGGAAGGGAAGGAGGCGGUGCGGGCGGCGAAGGCGUUGGACGCGCGGUGUUGGCGAGCGGGACCGGGGCAGCAGAGGCAGGCGUCGGGCGCCUCCGCGGUGCGCGCCCAGAGCCGGCUGGCGGGACCAGCGCGGGAACGCGGCCGGCCGCUGUGCGCCGCGUCCUCGGCGCAAUGGUCUGGCUUCUCUUGGUUUUCUUCCCAGCGGUCUUUCUGGAGAGAUCCCUUCUCCCCGGAGGCCCCAGCAGAACAGUGUUGCUGGCGGGAGCCUCGUCUCAGCGCUCGGUGGCCAGAAUGGACGGAGACGUCAUCAUUGGGGCCCUCUUCUCUGUCCACCACCAGCCUCCGGCCGAGAAGGUGCCCGAGAGGAAGUGCGGGGAGAUCAGGGAGCAGUACGGCAUCCAGAGAGUGGAGGCCAUGUUCCACACGUUGGAUGAGAUUAACGCGGACCCGGUCCUCCUGCCCAACAUCACCCUGGGCAGCGAGAUCCGGGACUCCUGCUGGCACUCGUCCGUGGCUCUGGAGCAGAGCAUUGAGUUCAUCAGGGACUCUCUGAUUUCCAUGCGAGAUGAGAGGGAGGGGCUCAAUCGGUGCCUGCCUGACGGCCAGUCCCUCCCUCCAGGCAGGACUAAGAAGCCCAUCGCGGGCGUGAUCGGCCCGGGCUCCAGCUCCGUGGCCAUUCAGGUGCAGAACCUUCUUCAGCUCUUCGAUAUCCCCCAGAUCGCCUAUUCUGCCACAAGCAUCGACCUGAGUGACAAAACUUUGUACAAAUACUUCCUGCGGGUUGUGCCCUCUGACACUUUGCAGGCAAGGGCGAUGCUUGACAUAGUCAAGCGUUACAAUUGGACCUAUGUCUCUGCAGUCCACACGGAAGGGAAUUAUGGGGAGAGCGGAAUGGAUGCUUUCAAAGAGCUGGCUGCCCAGGAAGGCCUCUGCAUCGCCCAUUCAGACAAAAUCUACAGCAACGCCGGGGAAAAGAGCUUUGACCGACUCCUGCGCAAGCUCCGAGAGCGGCUUCCCAAAGCCAGAGUGGUGGUCUGCUUCUGCGAAGGCAUGACCGUCCGAGGCCUCCUGAGUGCCAUGCGGCGCCUUGGCGUGGUGGGCGAGUUCUCAAUCAUUGGAAGUGACGGAUGGGCAGACAGAGAUGAAGUCAUUGAAGGUUAUGAGGUGGAAGCCAACGGGGGAAUCACGAUAAAGCUGCAGUCUCCAGAGGUCAGGUCAUUUGAUGAUUAUUUCCUGAAACUGAGACUGGACACUAAUACAAGGAAUCCCUGGUUCCCUGAGUUCUGGCAACAUCGGUUCCAGUGCCGCCUACCAGGACACCUUCUGGAAAAUCCCAACUUUAAAAGAAUCUGCACAGGCAAUGAAAGCUUAGAAGAAAACUAUGUCCAGGACAGUAAGAUGGGGUUUGUCAUAAACGCCAUCUACGCCAUGGCGCACGGACUGCAGAACAUGCACCACGCCCUCUGCCCGGGCCAUGUGGGCCUGUGUGAUGCCAUGAAGCCCAUCGAUGGCAGCAAACUCCUGGACUUCCUCAUCAAGUCCACGUUCAUCGGUGUGUCUGGAGAGGAGGUGUGGUUUGAUGAGAAAGGAGACGCUCCUGGAAGGUAUGAUAUCAUGAAUCUGCAGUACACUGAAGCUAAUCGCUAUGACUAUGUACAUGUUGGAACCUGGCAUGAAGGGGUGUUGAACAUUGAUGAUUACAAAAUCCAAAUGAACAAGAGCGGAGUGGUACGGUCUGUGUGCAGUGAGCCUUGCUUAAAGGGUCAAAUUAAGGUCAUACGGAAAGGAGAAGUGAGUUGCUGCUGGAUUUGCACGGGCUGCAAAGAGAAUGAAUAUGUGCAAGAUGAGUUCACCUGCAAAGCUUGUGACUUGGGGUGGUGGCCCAACAGAGAUCUAACAGGCUGUCAACCCAUUCCUGUCCGCUAUCUUGAGUGGAGCAAUAUAGAAUCCAUCAUCGCCAUUGCCUUUUCCUGCCUGGGCAUCCUUGUUACCUUGUUCGUCACCCUCAUCUUUGUGCUAUACCGAGACACACCAGUGGUCAAAUCCUCUAGUCGGGAGCUCUGCUACAUUAUCCUCGCUGGCACCUUCCUCGGUUAUGUGUGCCCUUUCACGCUCAUCGCCAAGCCUACCACCACGUCCUGCUAUCUCCAGCGUCUCCUGGUUGGCCUCUCCUCUGCCAUGUGCUACUCUGCUUUAGUGACCAAAACCAACCGCAUUGCACGCAUCCUAGCUGGCAGCAAGAAGAAGAUCUGCACCCGGAAGCCCAGGUUCAUGAGCGCCUGGGCCCAGGUGAUCAUUGCCUCAAUUCUGAUUAGCGUGCAGCUAACCCUGGUGAUAACCCUGAUCAUCAUGGAGCCCCCCAUGCCCAUUCUGUCCUACCCAAGUAUCAAGGAAGUCUACCUUAUCUGCAAUACCAGCAACCUGGGUGUGGUGGCCCCUCUGGGCUACAAUGGACUCCUCAUCAUGAGCUGUACCUACUAUGCCUUCAAGACCCGCAACGUGCCCGCCAACUUCAACGAGGCCAAAUACAUCGCCUUCACCAUGUACACCACUUGCAUCAUCUGGCUGGCUUUUGUGCCCAUUUACUUUGGGAGCAACUACAAGAUCAUCACUACUUGCUUUGCAGUGAGCCUCAGUGUGACGGUGGCCCUGGGGUGCAUGUUCACUCCCAAGAUGUACAUCAUCAUUGCCAAGCCCGAGAGGAAUGUCCGCAGUGCCUUCACCACCUCUGACGUCGUCCGCAUGCACGUUGGUGAUGGCAAGCUGCCCUGCCGCUCCAACACUUUCCUCAACAUUUUCCGAAGAAAGAAAUCGGGGGCAGGGAAUGCCAAUUCUAAUGGCAAGUCUGUGUCAUGGUCUGAACCAGGUGGAAGACAGGUGCCCAAGGGGCAGCAUAUGUGGCAUCGUCUCUCUGUGCACGUGAAGACCAGCGAGACGGCCUGCAACCAAACAGCCGUCAUCAAGCCCCUCACUAAAAGUUACCAGGGCUCCGGCAAGAGCCUGACCUUUUCAGAUACCAGCACCAAGACCCUUUACAACGUGGAGGAGGAGGAUGCCCAGCCGGUUGGCUUCAGCCCUCCCAGCAGUCCCUCCAUGGUGGUGCACCGACGCGUGCCGACCGCGGGCAGCACCCCGCCUCUGCCGCCCCACCUGACCACAGAGGAGACCCCCCUCUUCCUGGCCGACCCAGCCAUCCCCAAGGGCUUGCCCCCUCCCCUCCAGCAGCCGCCGCCACCGCCGCAGCCGCAGCCACCACCUCAGAAAUCCCUGAUGGACCAGUUCCAGGGCGUGGUCAACAAUUUCAGCACCGCGAUCCCGGAUUUCAACGCGGUGCUCGCCGUCCCCGCGGGGCCGGGGAACGGGGUGCGGUCCCUGUUCCCGCCCCCUGCGCCCCCGCAGCACCUGCAGAUGCUCCCACUGCAGCUGAGCACCUUCGGGGAGGAGCCCGCCUCGCCCCCCGCGGAGGACGAGGAGGACGACGACAGCGAGAGGUUUAAGCUCCUGCAGGAGUACCUGUACGAGCGCGAGGGGAACACGGAGGAAGACGAACUGGAGGAGGAGGAGGACGACCCGCAGGCGGCCGGCAAACCGACCCCCGAGGAUUCACCCGCCCUGACGCCCCCGUCGCCUUUCCGCGACUCGGUGGCCUCGGGCAGCUCGGUGCCCAGCUCCCCCGUGUCCGAGUCGGUGCUCUGCACCCCUCCCAACGUGACCUACGCCUCUGUCAUCCUGAGGGACUAUCGGCAAACCUCUUCCACCCUGUAGGGGGGAGGCAUCCACGUGGAAAAGCAAGAGAAGCCGGAGAGCACCAGCACCUCCCGAGAUGUGCAGACAGCUGCGAGACGACGACGCACGGGGGUGGAGGGCGAAGUCCGGAGGGAAGGAGGAGAGCGUUGCUGCUGCCUUCAGGGAGGCGAGAGGGACAGACGCUGUACUCUGCAAGCAAAAGGGGAUCCAGGGGAAGAUUCCGAAUCUUGAAUUAUUCAAAAGCCUUCUCUGGGGAGAAAGGGAAUUCUGACAAAGCACAAUCCCCUAUAGUGUGUAACUUUUAUCGCAAAAAUAAAUACAUAAACAAAAAUAAUCUUCUCUUUUGGACAAUUGUGCAUAGAUAGACAUGCCCACACACACUUGCCCACUUUGGAAAGGGCUAGCACAUGAGGACGAUCCAGUUGUAUCAUUAGUUCACCUCAUGGUAUUCAUGGUGUUCCUGGCGAGCGUGGUGGAGCCAGACAGAGCAGGUGGGUGAAGGAAGGGCAGGCGUGGAACCAGCCAGAGAACAGAUGACAAGACCACAGCUCGUUUCUCUCAAGCCCUUCUCUCUACUGGGCCCACAGACUCCUGGUCUUCAGGAGACUUGGGAACUGGCCCAAAGAGGGGCCUUUCUUCACCCACUGCACCGGAUCCAGUGUCAGUGUUGCUGUCACACUUGGGGAAAGGUGCAUGGAUGCCCUGCUGCUCUGUGAUUUCCCUCUAUCUAGGAAAACAGGAAUAAGAGAAAAACCAUCACCAAAAAGUGCUUCAUCAGGAGUGCUAAGGGAAGACGGAAUGAGAGCAAGACAAUACACAGGCAUGGGGCUUUGAACAAAAUCAGUCAGCACAAUCUGCUUCCCGUAUUUGAUACUCGCUUCUUGGUGAUUUUAGAAAAAGAGCCAGGACAAGAGAUUGUUUUGAGAAUGACAGAAGAGCUUUUGUGGAUUAACUUGUGUUUGUGCCAAGGGGGCUCUCCUUUGCCCUUCAGUUAAAUAGAACAAACCAAGUGGCAAAAUUGUUACCUUCCAUUUACUGUAGCAAAUAAUACUUACCAGUUGAACUUCCAAGAUGCAGUAUGUGUAUUUGGUGCCAUUGUUUCUCCAACGUACUACAAACAAAUCCAUCUUUGAACUUAAUGGUGUACUCAUAGCAACUAUUAUUGGUUUAAAUGACAAAUAAUUCUUUCCUCUUGUCACUGAAGUCCCUGUAACUAGCGAGUGAGUGUGUCCUGUGUCCUUGUACACAUGUGAUAAUGAAAUUUGUGCAAUGUAAUGUCAAUCUAACUGCAACUAGAAGAUUGUCUUUCCAGUAUAGUAUAGAUAUUUUUAUGUUCCAAUAAUGCUUUAUAUACCAUUGUCACCAAUAUCUCCAUGAGCUCUUUGAAGGCUUGAGUGUUAUGGCCCAGUUUUUCAUAUGCUGCUCGAUGGUCCUUCCUCUUGUAAGAGGGAAACUUAUUUUUCAGAUAUUUUAUGAUGUUGAUGAUGGAAAUAUGUUAUUGAUGAAGUGGUUUGAAAAUUUGUUAUAUUAAAAGUUCCCCCAAAACUGUGGGUAACCAUAAAAAGGUAUAUUUUAUAAACUUGCACACAUCAUUAUUAAAACAUAAGAUUGAAAUGACAGUAUUCACAUUAUUUCAGGUUACUUUAUUUUUUUUAAAGAUUUUUCCAUGGCUACUUGAGCUUCAUGUACUUAAAUCAUAUACUAACCUCUAA